CCUUCCUUCGCUUUGAGUCCUGGGUCAAGGUAAAACUGGGAGGCAGCAGUGUUCUCCGGAGGAUUGCCCGCUGGCUGUAUCGGGAAACUGAGUCAGAGACGAAAAAACAAAACAAAACAAACGCUGAAGAGCUUCAGGACAAUGAGGAGACAGGGCGGCAGUGGAUCUCUCAUCUUUCAGGCAAGAGCUUCUCCAGUUGGAAAACGAAACUGAAGAGAGAAAAAACUACAAUUCCCAACAGACCCUAAAGGGUCCACCUUACGCAUGCCCUCUGCGGAGAUGUGGUCAGCUGGUUGGGAUGGCCGUACGGUGCCAGCACAGUGAGGUGGCCCAGACUCAGACUGGAGAAGCAAGCAAGGGCUGGUCAGGCCAGGAGAGUCUAUCAGACAGUGACCCUGAGAUGUGGGAGCUGCUGCGGAGAGAGAAGGACAGGCAGUGUCGCGGCCUGGAGCUCAUUGCCUCAGAGAACUUCUGCAGCCGAGCUGCGCUGGAGGCCCUGGGGUCCUGUCUGAACAACAAGUACUCGGAGGGUUAUCCUGGCAAGAGAUACUACGGAGGAGCAGAGGUAGUGGAUGAGAUAGAGCUGCUGUGUCAGCGCCGGGCCUUGGAGGCCUUUGACCUGGAUCCUGCUCAGUGGGGAGUCAAUGUCCAACCCUACUCCGGAUCCCCAGCCAAUCUGGCUGCCUACACAGCCCUUCUGCAGCCUCACGACCGAAUCAUGGGGCUGGACUUGCCCGAUGGGGGCCAUCUCACCCAUGGCUACAUGUCUGAUGUCAAGCGGAUCUCAGCUACAUCCAUCUUCUUCGAGUCUAUGCCUUAUAAGCUGAACCCCCAAACCGGCCUCAUUGACUAUGAUCAGCUGGCACUCACUGCUCGGCUCUUCAAACCACGACUCAUCAUAGCUGGUACCAGUGCCUAUGCUCGUCUCAUUGACUACGCCCGCAUGAGAGAAGUGUGUGACGAGGUCAAGGCACACCUCUUGGCAGACAUGGCCCACAUCAGUGGCCUGGUGGCUGCCAAGGUGAUCCCCUCACCCUUCAAGCACGCGGAUAUUGUCACCACGACCACUCACAAGACCCUUCGAGGGGCCAGGUCAGGACUCAUCUUCUACCGGAAGGGGGUGCAGGCUGUGGACUCCAAAACUGGCCGAGAGAUCCCUUACACAUUUGAGGACCGAAUCAACUUUGCUGUGUUCCCAUCCCUGCAGGGGGGCCCCCACAACCAUGCCAUUGCUGCAGUGGCUGUGGCCCUAAAGCAGGCUUGCACCCCCAUGUUCCGGGAGUACUCCCUGCAGAUUCUGAAGAACGCUCAGGCCAUGGCUGAUGCCCUGCUGGAGCGAGGCUACUCCCUGGUGUCUGGUGGCACUGACAACCACCUAGUGCUGGUAGACCUUCGGCCAAAGGGCCUGGACGGAGCUCGAGCAGAACGGGUGUUGGAACUUGUAUCCAUCACGGCCAACAAGAACACCUGUCCUGGAGAUCGAAGUGCCAUCACCCCUGGGGGCCUGCGGCUGGGGGCCCCAGCCCUGACUUCUCGAGGGUUCCUUGAAGAUGACUUCCGGAAAGUUGUAGGCUUUAUAGAUGAAGGUGUCAACAUUGGCUUGGAAGUGAAGAGCAAGACCACCAAACUCCAGGAUUUCAAAUCUUUCCUGCUCAAAGACCCAGAAACAAGUCAUCAGCUGGCUGACCUUAGGCAACGGGUGGAGCAGUUCGCCAGGGCCUUCCCCAUGCCUGGUUUUGAUGAUCACUGAAGGCACCUAAGAAACGAAGCCCGCGGACUGACAUGUCUCCCUCUUGGCCUUCCUGGACAAGCUGGGGAGGGGUGGUAACUGCUCCUCUUUCAGCUUUCUGCUGGCGGAGGGAAGGGCCCCCCACUUAGAGCAAGAGCCAUUGGUAGUUCCACUUCUCAGGAUGUGGAGCUGAGGUUUCUUCUUGUAAUAAGACUAAGGAGGAGGCUUGGAGCUUUCUGCCCUAACCUCUCCCAUUAUCUCAGUAUUAUAGACCCCUGCCCUUUCUUGGGGAGGUGGGAGUUCCUCUCCUGAGCCAGAGGAAGGGGUGGGUAGGCACCCUCCUUUCUGUUUCUAUCUAAUAAAAUACUAACCUGC